UUUUUUUUUUUUUCUUUAUUUGAAUUAGGCUUUCAUUAUUAUGGAGGAAAAAACACAUAAGCCUCAUAUUAAAAAGAAGGCAGGAAAGAAAGUUGAACGUAAAAAAGAAAAUAAAUUUGCCAAUGCGAAGAAAUCGAGUAAUCCCAAGGCAUUCACCUUCCAAAGUGCUGGAAAAGCAGAAAAGACAGUAAGAAGAAACUUUGAUAUUGGUGAAAAGAAACUUCAUGUACCUAUGGUGGAUCGUACUCCUUUGGAGUCACCUCCUGUUGUUGUUGCUGUCGUUGGUCCUCCUGGUACUGGUAAAUCAACACUUAUUCGAUCUUUAGUAAAACGCUAUACAAAACAUAAUUUGAAUGAAAUUAAAGGUCCAAUUACCGUUGUAAGCGGUAAAAAGAGACGUUUAACCUUUAUGGAAUGUAACAACGAUUUAAAUUCAAUGAUCGAUAUUGCUAAAGUUGCUGAUCUUGUAUUACUGAUGAUCGAUGCAAGUUUUGGUUUUGAAAUGGAAACAUUCGAAUUUUUGAAUAUUUUACAAUCGCAUGGUUUUCCCAAAGUUAUGGGUAUUCUUACCCAUCUUGAUAAGUUUCGUAACAACAAAACAUUAAAGACAACUAAAAAGAGAUUAAAGCAUCGUUUCUGGACAGAAAUCUAUCAGGGUGCUAAACUAUUUUAUCUUUCAGGUAUUAUUAACGGCAGAUAUCCUAAUAUGGAAAUUCAAAAUCUUUCUCGCUUUAUUUCCGUCAUGAAGUUUCGACCUUUAGUCUGGCGUAAUACACAUCCUUAUGUAGUAGCCGAUCGUAUUGAAGACUUGACAGAUCCUGAACUACUUCACCGUAAACCAAACUGUGAUCGUACAGUUACACUAUAUGGCUAUUUACGUGGUACGAAUUUGAAGCCUAACAUGCGUGUUCAUAUUCCUGGAGCGGGUGAUCAUGAUCUAGCUGAUGUCUCUGUUUUACCUGAUCCUUGUCCUUUGCCUGAUAAGGAACGUAAGAGAUUAGAUGAAAAACACAAAUUAAUCUAUGCUCCCAUGUCUGAUGUGGGUGGCGUCAUGUAUGAUAAGGAUGCUGUCUAUAUUAAUGUGCCUGGUCAUUUUACAAAGAAAUCAGCCUAUGCUCCUUCAGAAAUUAAUAAAGAUGAUGAGAAUGAUGUUGAUGACGAACCCAACGUACCUUAUGGUACAGGUGAAAAACUCGUAAUGGAUCUUCAAGACGCUCAAGAUACGCUUGCUGCUCAAUUAGAAGAAUCUGAAUUACGAAUCUUCUCGGGAUCUACACCUGUGAAAGCAAGUGAAGUGAAAGAAUUAUUGGAAGAGGAUGAAAAUGGUAGAACCCGUAGACGUGCUGUGUUUGGUGAUGAAGAUGCAGAAAUAGAUGAUGAGGAUGAAGUUGAAGAUGAUGAAGAUGAUGUUAUGGAUGACGGAGAUGAUGAGGAUCUUGAGGAUGAGGAAGAAGAUGCUCCUCGUCGUGGUAAAGCCUUAACUAAAUUUGAUACAAGAAAUAUUCCUAAGAAGGGUGAAAAGGAAGAUAAAGAAGCUAAUGAUGACAAUGAGCCUGAUUAUGAAUUUGCAGAUAGUGAUAGUGAUUUAGGUGAUGAUGUAGAUGAUAAUGAAGAUUUUGUCAUGGUUGAUGGUCGUAAAAAGAGACACUCAAUUGAUGAUGAAGAGCUUGCUGGUGAAUUACGUUGGAAAGCUAACCUUCAAGAAAAAGCAAGUGAUAUGUUUUCCAGUCGCAGACGAACAAACCUGAUCUCGCUCAUUUAUAAUCACCCUGAGCUUACUCCUGAAGAUAUUCUAAACGGUAAUUAUGGUGAUGACAAUAAGGAUGAAGAUGAUGUCGAAGAUGCUGAAGAAGAAGAAUUCUUCAAGAUUAAUAGAGAGAAUACAAACAGAGUAGAGCUAGUUGACAGUAGUCGCGAUCCUUUUGAUUUAGAAGAAUUAGAAGAUUGGGAUGAUGAAGAUACAUUAGAUUCUAUUAGAAAUCGUUUCAUUACUGGUGAUAUUGAUGCUGUUCAAGGUGAAAGUGCUUUCCCAGCAGAGGAAGACGAAGUGAUGGGUGACUUUGAAGACCUUGAAGCUGAUGCAAAUGAAGAAGAAGAAGAAGGAGAAGAUGAGAACAAAGAUAAAAAGAAGAGAGAUAAAGAAGGCAUGAUUCGUGAUCCUGUUAUGGUUGAGCGUGAAAAGAUUGCAAAACGUAAAGAGGAACUUCGUAAAAAGUUUAUUGAAGAAUUUGGAGAUGAUGAUGAGGGACCUAAAAUGGAUUUCUAUGAGCAAAAGAAAGCAGAAAUCGAACAACAGCUUCAAAUGAAUCGAGCCGAAUUUGAGGAUGAUGAUCCCCAAACACGAGCUAUGGUUGAAGGUUAUCGUCCAGGAAGCUAUGUUCGUAUCUUGCUUAAAAAUAUGCCAUGUGAAUUUGUACAGAACUUUGAUCCUACUUAUCCUGUCCUUGUUGGUGGUCUCUUAACAAGUGAAAAUCAAUUUGGUUGGGUUCAAGUAAGAAUUAAACGCCACCGUUGGUUCCCAAAGACGCUCAAGACAAACGAUCCUCUUAUUUUCUCUAUUGGUUGGAGACGCUUUCAAAGUAUCCCUAUUUAUUCACUUAAUGAUGGUACACGUAACCGUAUGCUUAAAUAUACACCAGAACAUAUGCAUUGUUUGGGUACCUUUUACGGUCCUGUGCAUACACCCAAUACUGGUUUCUGUGCAGUACAAAAUGUAGCGGAUAAUAAAGCUGCAAACUUCCGAAUAAGUGCAACUGGUGUUAUUGUAGAUAUUAGUCAAUCUACUGAAAUAGUUAAAAAACUUAAAUUAACAGGUUUUCCAACUAAAAUAUAUAAAAACACAGCAUUUAUCAGAGACAUGUUUACAUCUGCAUUAGAAGUUGCUAAAUUUGAAGGUGCCAAUAUUCGUACUGUAUCUGGUAUUCGUGGUCAAGUUAAAAAGGCUUUACCUAAACCCGAUGGCCAUUUCCGUGCUACUUUUGAGGAUAAAAUUUUAAUGAGUGAUAUUGUCUUCUUAAGAGCUUGGUAUCCUGUUAAGCCACGUAAAUUCUAUAACCCAGUUACAUCACUCUUAUUAUCUACUAAAGAAAAAUGGCAAGGUAUGCGUACAACAGGCCAAGUCAGAAAGGAAUUGAAUAUGCAUGCACCUCAAAAUGUGGAUUCUAUUUACAAGCCUAUUGAAAGAAAAGAGCGCCGCUUCAAUGCCUUGAAGAUUCCUAAAGCACUUCAAGCUGAAUUACCAUUUGCUAAUAAACCCAAGAAUGCAACAAAGAGUAAAAAGCAAUCUUAUAUGAGUAAACGUGCAGUUAUUCUUGAGCCAGAAGAAAAGAAAAUUUAUACCUUAAUGCAACAAUUAAAUACACUUCGUAAUGAAAAGGAUCGUAAGCGUAAACUUAAGAAUAACGAACGACGUGAAAUGGUUGAAAAGAAGAGAGCAAAGAUUGCUGAGAUAAACGAGAAAAAGGAGAAGGAACGUCGUAAAGACUAUUUCCGUAAAGAACAACAAAAGAGUAAAGCCUCUUAAUGUAUAUUUAAUAAACAAAUAAGAUAGACUUGUUACAAAUAUUCAUUUAAUAAAUUGUUAAUAUAUGAACCAAAAAAAAAA